AUGGUUGAUAGAAACAUUCCACCCGGCUCUCCCAAAGAAAACCCAGAUCCCAAUUCUGAUGCAAAUCCAAAUUUCAAGGAUGACAGCUCACUUGAAACCGUAGUAAAAAAAUUUCAGGACUCCAUUUCUCUUGGAAAGCAACACAAGUUUUGGGAAACCCAACCGGUCGGACAAUUCAAGGAUGUUGGGGACUCAAGCUUGCCUGAGGGCCCGAUCGAGCCCCCAACUCCAUUAUCUGAAGUCAGACAAGAACCCUAUAAUCUUCCGAGCCUUUACCAAUGGACAACUUGCAACCUGGACUCUGAAGAAAUCUGCACAGAGGUUUACAACCUUCUAAGCAACAAUUAUGUGGAGGAUGAUGAGAACAUGUUUAGAUUCAAUUAUUCCAGGGAGUUUCUUCAGUGGGCUUUGCGACCUCCCGGUUACUACCAGAGCUGGCACAUUGGUGUUCAGGUUAAAGCUUCAAAGAAGUUGGUUGCUUUCAUCACGGGUGUGCCAGCUAAAAUUCGUGUUAAGGAUGAAGUUGUUACAAUGGCUGAGGUUAACUUCUUGUGUGUCCAUAAGAAGCUACGGUCGAAGAGACUUGCUCCCGUCAUGAUUAAGGAGGUUACCAGGAGGAUUCACUUGGAGAAUAUUUGGCAAGCAGCUUAUACUGCGGGAGUGGUUCUUCCUACACCAAUAACAACUUGCCAAUACUGGCACAGGUCUUUGAAUCCAAAGAAACUUAUUGAUGUCGGCUUUUCCAGACUCGGCGCAAGGAUGACCAUGAGCCGCACUAUAAAACUGUACAAACUUCCAGAUUCAACAGCCUCUCCUGGUUUCAGAAAAAUGGAGCUCCGUGAUGUUCCUGCUGUCACUCGGCUCAUUCGGAAUUACUUGAAGCAGUUUGUUGUUGCACCAGAUUUUGAUGAAAACGAUGUGGAACACUGGCUUCUGCCAGCUGAGAAUGUAGUGGAUAGUUACUUGGUUGAGAGCCCGGAGACUCACGAGAUCACUGAUUUCUGCAGUUUUUACACUCUCCCUUCUUCUAUCCUUGGCAACCAAAAUUAUUCCACUUUGAAAGCGGCUUAUUCUUUCUACAAUGUUGCCACUCGGACUCCAUUGCUUCAGUUGAUGAACGAUGCACUUAUUGUUGCAAAACAGAAACAUUACGACGUUUUUAAUGCAUUGGAUGUCAUGGAGAACGAGUCUUUUCUGAAGGAGUUGAAAUUUGGACCAGGUGAUGGACAACUUCACUAUUAUUUGUACAAUUACCGGUUACAACGUGCCCUGAAACCAUCAAAACUUGGGUUGGUACUUCUAUAGCAGGAGAUGAUUUUCACUUCGUUUUGUGGCAUGGAUUGAUCAGCAGGAACUAUCAUAAUUAUGUUUCUUUAGUAGAUGGGAAUUUAGCUCCACGUGUUGGUCUUGGUUCUAGAAUCUAGAUCUUUGUUAUUUUUUGGGCAUAAUUAUCUCUUGAAUCCAAAUUAUGUUUGCUUGGUAGCCUAAGGAACUGCAGAAUCAGAAGACUUAUGUUUCUGUAGCUCUGUACUGAGAACCCAUGCCUUCUUUCUACUUUUUUUUUGGUUCCCUGGAAAUCAAACUGAUUCAAGUUCAUAGCAGGUGCUCUGUGUCUGGCUUCCUGUUGACGAAAUUCCUAAAUGGAAUUGCAGUUGUGGUUAUGGAUAAACAAGUCAUCUGAAGCCAUUACUAUUGGUACUCUAACAACCUGUUUGGUUCAAAUGUUCAAUACUCUUUCAGAUCCCUGGAAUUGGAGCAAGGAAUCCUAUAUGUCAAUGUUCUACUCAUGUUGACAAUUAUUCUGUGUGGCUGGCAUUCAAGAUUUUCUGAGAAUCCAAUGUUCUCACAAAAAGCGAGAAUGUGUGGCUAACCCUUUUUUUGGUUGAUUUUUUUGAAUUCUAUGAAAUGACAUUCCAUUUUCUGGU